CCUCGCCCUCCUUCCUGAUGAGACUUACCAUCCUCAAGCACAGCUUUGCUGGACUCACUGCUUCUCAGACCUCUGUAUAUGCCUGUCAGCCCCCUUCUCAUUAACCAGACAGGUAGGACCCUCUAUCAGACCUGUAUCGCCUGGGUCACUUGAUGCUCCCGUGAGCUGCUGCACCCAAAUCAGACCCAUCUCCUGGCCCAGGCACAGCCCUCCCCGGAAGUUUCAGUGUCUGUCCUGACCCUGAAUCCAGAUGUGAUCAUGAACGUACCUGCAGUUCCUACCCAGUGCCCAGCUCAUGGGAGAUGCUCACUUUAAUAAUGCUUUGCAGCAGUUUUCUAAGUCUGAAAUUUCCUGUGCGUGUGGAUCCCCGAAUUUCAUAAGAGAUGGAGGAAUCUCAGCAAAAUGAUGUGAGCAUGAUGCCCCUUGCGAAAGAUGAUCCUCUCCAGAGCACCAGCCCUCAGAUUUCUGUUAGCGAAUUUUCUUGCCACUGCUGUUACGACAUCCUUGUUAACCCCACCACCUUGAACUGUGGGCAUAGCUUCUGCCGGCACUGCCUAGCUUUAUGGUGGGCUUCUUCGAAGAAAACAGAGUGUCCAGAAUGCAGAGAAAAAUGGGAAGGUUUCCCCAAAGUCAAUAUUCUCCUCAGGGAUGCCAUUGAAAAAUUAUUUCCUGAUGCCAUUAAAAUGCGAUUUGAAGACAUUCAGCAGGAUAAUGACAUACUCCAGGGUCUUGCCGCCUUUCAGAAGUAUGGGAAUGAUCAGGUUCCUUUAGCUCCCAACACAGGCCGAGUGAAUCAGCAGAGAGGAGGGGGAUUCUUCUCCGGAGUGCUCACAGCUUUAACUGGCGUGGCAGUGGUCCUGCUUGUGUAUCACUGGAGCAGCAGGGAAUCUGAGCAUGACCUCCUGGUCCACAAGGCUGUGGCCAAAUGGACAGCGGAAGAAGUUGUCCUCUGGCUGGAGCAGCUGGGCCCUUGGGCUUCUCUCUACAGAGACAGGUUUUUAUCCGAGAGAGUAAAUGGAAGGUUGCUUUUAACUUUGACUGAGGAAGAAUUUUCAAGGGCACCAUAUACCAUAGAAAAUCACAGCCACCGAAAGGCCAUCCUCAUGGAACUGGAGCGUGUUAAAGCUCUGGGUGUGAAGCCCCCACAAAAUCUCUGGGAAUAUAAGGCCGUGAACCCAGGCAGGUCCUUGUUCCUGCUGUAUGCCCUCAAGAGUUCCCCCAGACUCGGCCUGCUAUACCUCUACCUGUUUGACUACACAGACACCUUCCUACCCUUCAUCCACACCAUCUGCCCUCUGCAAGAAGACAGUUCUGGGGAGGACAUCAUCACCAAGCUUCUGGACCUUCAAGAGCCCACAUGGAUGCAGUGGAGAGAAUUCCUUGUCAAAUACUCCUUCUUUCCAUACCAGCUGAUGGCUGAAUUUGCUUGGGACUGGCUGGAGGUCCAUUACUGGACGUCACGGUUUCUUAUUGUCAAUGCCAUGUUACUCUCGGUUCUGGAACUAUUUUCCUUUUGGAGGAUCUGGUCAAGAAGUGAACUGAAGACUGUUCCUCAGAAGAUGUGGAGCCAUUUUUGGAAAGUAUCAACACAGGGGCUUUUUGUGGCCAUGUUCUGGCCCCUCAUUCCUCAGUUUGUAUGCAACUGUUUAUUUUACUGGGCUCUGUACUUUAACCCAAUUAUCAACAUCGAUCUCGUGGUCAAGGAAGUCCGACGGCUGGAAACCCAAGUUUUGUGACCGGUGCUGCGCAGGCGCUGAGGGUCUCUUCAGCCACCUGAUGUCUGAGCUUUGAUGCAGAAGUAGGGGAGCAAGGGCAGCGGACUUCCUAUUUUCUACUCCCCGUAAACGAAGUGCUGCUAUGUCUGUCAAAGGCUGCAACCAGGUCCUCCCUCCCUCUGCCUUUGGCAUUGUGGCAGCAGAGACUGGGACACCCAGAGCUUGGCCGACACAGCAGCAGCGCCUCCGACCCAGCCACCUUCCUCACAGGGGUGUGGGAGGUUCGGGCAGCAACGGCUGUGUCGCAGAUGCAGGGCGGGCCACACCUGAAGGCUGUCAGGAGUCCUGCUUGCCCCAACCUCCAAGGCUCUCAGGGCGACUUGGGGCCCUGAGGCAGCCUGAGCCCAGGCCUGUUCUCCUCAGCCAAGGGUACAAAAACAGGAGAUUUUGUGAUAGGCCUGGACAGUUGCAUAUUAAAAAUACAGGGG